AUGGGUCGAGCUCCGUGCUGCGACAAGGCAAAUGUCAAGAAAGGACCCUGGUCACCUGAAGAAGACGCCAAGCUCAAAGCCUACAUCGAGAAGUAUGGGACUGGAGGCAACUGGAUUGCUCUUCCCCAAAAAAUUGGGCUCAAGAGAUGUGGAAAGAGUUGCAGGCUAAGAUGGUUGAAUUACUUGAGACCCAACAUCAAGCAUGGAGGAUUCUCCGAGGAAGAAGACAACAUUAUCUGCAGCCUCUAUAUCAGUAUUGGCAGCAGGUGGUCUAUAAUUGCAGCCCAACUCCCUGGUCGAACAGAUAACGACAUUAAGAACUACUGGAACACCAGAUUGAAGAAGAAGCUACUGGGAAGGCGUAAGAAUAGCAAUCGCAAUGACCCAAAUGAGACUGCAAAUGGCACAGCAAAUGAAAGUAAUCAAUUUCAACAGACGUUAAGCAACUCGGCACUGGAAAGGCUGCAGCUCCACAUGCAGCUUCAGAGCCUGCAAAACCCUAUCUCCUUCUACAAUAAUCCCGCUUUGUGGCCUAAACUCCACCCUCUCCAAGAAAAGAUAAACCAGAGCUUGCAGUCUUUGAAUCUUCAAAACCCUAAUCAAAACAAUAAUAGUAAUAGUAAUCCUCUUGUGCAAUCAGCUAGCUUGGCUGGUUCUGAAAUGGAACAACCCGGGCAUGAUCAGAAAGUUGAUCAGUUCUAUGAACCUGUUUCCCUUCACCUAAAAGUCGAAGAUCAACUUGGGAGUUCGUUGAACAUAACUGAUUCUAGUACAGACUUUGCAACUGGGAAUAUCAAUUCAAUUUCCUUGGAUCCAACAAUGGGGAACAUGCAACAAUCUGAAUUACUCCACCAAGUUCCAAACUUUCAAGCUGAAAUGCUACUGGACGACUUUCUGAACAAUAAGAACUUGUGUAGUGGCUUUGCAAGUCAGGUUGAUCAAGAUCAAAUCGGUGAUGAAUUUGAUUGCUUCAAGGAGAUAAACGGGUCAUCCAAGGACAGCUUGGUUUGGUGGUCAAAUGAAUUUGAUACGAAAUCGGCAUCUUCUAACUCUUGGGAUUCAACAUCUGUGCUUGGUUCAGAUCAUGGGAUGUUUCAAGAUUAUGAGUUGGGUUACAAUAUGUAA